CGAAGGUGGGGGCUUUGGGGCCUUCCCGCCUGGCGGUCCCUCGAGAAACAGUGCUUGGGGGCGGGGGCUGGAGGUGUCCCCCCCUCAAGAAGUUAGAUCGGGGGGGCCUUCAGCCCUGAACCCUGGGGCAUAUACAUAAAACGAGCAGGAGAAAAACAAAUCUUUCCAGAAUCAGCAGAUGAAGAAGCCACAAAAAUGACUGGUAUGAAGAUUGGCGGUGUUCCAUUUGACAUUCUAAGAAUCACACAAAGAUGCCACUGACUAAAUGGCAAUGAAAGCCGAGCGCGAGUCUAGCUGCUCACUCUUGGAAAAGCAUCGACUUGGUUGCUCCCGGGACGUCGGUGGGAGGGUAGCCCACUACACAGGCGACGCUGGGAACAAAUUCUAGAACGUCCCGCCCACCGCUCCCUGGAGAUUUUUGGAAUGUUUAGGCAGAUAUCUUUGUAGGUAUCGGAGUUAGCGCAAAACGAUGUCGGCGCUUUGGCUAUGGUUUGUUCCCGGCUUGUUUUAGACGACUUGGGCUUGCUGGUGCGCUCUGGACCUCCGCUUCGCCAACCUCGCCUAGCGUUGGAAAAUCCGGCCGAGAAGGGGCAAAGUCUUUCUAUCGUGACGGUGCUGGACUUGUCUCUGGCGGAUGCUGUGGCGUCUUCGCGAACGUAGGACAUUCAACAAGUACUACGUCGCUCACACCUGGGUGGGCCACUCUAUACCUCGUGCGUGAUCUUUCCCGCGCUCGCUUUCGCUGAUAUCUCAAAAGGUUCUAACUUUGCAAGGUCGUAUCUAUAGACAACGCGCUGGGCCGCGUGUCUACACUACUCGGUAGAUUCCAAGAAAUCAAGAAUGUGAAUAAUAAGAGAUGAGGGGAGCAGAAAAUGCACUGCAUCUACUUCAUGUGCCAUUCAGUAGUUUCCACGUGCUGAU